AAAAACAAGAGAUGCUGCAGUCUGAACCGACAAAUCCCACAGACCAACACUUCAUUUAAGAGCUGAUGUACAGUACCUCUCUCAAACAUGACAAUGGGAGUUAAAUGGGACAAUCGUGAUGUUUUCCACAGAAGCAUGUUCCUCAUGCGGGUACUGCUGAGUCUGUUUCCUCUGGUCUUUGUGAUCUGGAAUGGCGAGGCGUUACCUAUACAAGAUAAACAAUCACAAACCAAUGAGAUACUGUCCAAGGAAGAGGAUGGGUUGAAGAUGAUAACAUAUGUGGCAGAGCUGAACCUCACCAGUAAAGAACUGGCUGAUCUUGACGCUGAAUUGUUGAAUGGCAAACUGUGGGAGAAGUCUGAUAAACCUUCUAAAGAUAAGUCUCCGUGCAAGCUCUUCUUCUGGAAGACCUUCUCCUCGUGUUGAGUCUGGGAAAAUGACAGAGCACAUGCUGAUGAGUGUUUAAAUCUACUGUCCUGCCUUUAAAGUUUGCCAAUCUAAUCAUGUAUUGUAUUGAAAUCAAGAGAAUGUAUCCCUUUGGCUUCUGCUGGAAUAUAGUUUUUUUAUAUACUUUUAACAGAAUGAUUUAUACUGAAUGAAACCUCUUUUUGAGUUAUCUCCAAAUAAUACAAUGGCCUUUAGCAUGCCCCUUUGUACUGUUUGACAUCCUGUUUGAAACAUGUAAUAAAAGUAAUAAAUCUC